GUUCCAUUCACCGCUGCCCAUCCUGAACAGUAUAACAUACCACAAGAUACCCCCAUAUAUCCCGAUCGCUCGUCUUACCUCUCGUCCUCGUCUUCUCUCCCAGUUUUCAUUUCCGCCGUCGCGGCAACGAGUCGGAAAUGCGCAGCGACUCCUCCACAUCCAUCUCCGCAAUCGUCUCCGCACCAGCAACACUACGGACAACAGACGAGUCUGCAUCAUCAAUCGCACCACCGAUCACAAUGCCGCCCUCUCCACCCUCGACGUCUCUCCCCCUCACGCUCAUACUCGCUGCGACGCCCAGGUUGGGCAUCGGCCGCAAUGGAAGGUUACCGUGGCCGGCACUCAAGACGGAGAUGGGGUGGUUUGCUCGGGUGACGAAACGGGUCGCUCCUAAGUCCACACAGAGGGCACCGGUAACCGCUGAGAGAGGGGGGCAAAUAGUUGCGAGAGAUCAAAACCAAGGGAGGCAGCGGGUCGAGGUCAAUGCCGUCGUCAUGGGACGCAAGACGUGGGAUUCCAUUCCUGAGAAAUUUCGGCCGCUGAAGGGGAGAUUGAAUGUGGUAGUUACUAGGGAUGUGCAUGGUUUGAGGCAGCGGUUGAGUGCUGGGAAAGUGGAUAAGGAUAGGGAAGGGACAAGAGCAGUUGAGGGACCGCUUGUGGUGGGGAGCUUGGAGGCGGCGCUCGAGGUGCUGCAGCGCAUUUCGGAAGAUUCUUCUGCUUCUACUCCCACUUCCCCGAGAACGACACAGGGGGAGGCAGACGCAUCGACAACACACUCAGAACAGCAGCCAGGAGAUACCAACGAACCGCAAGAACCCACUUCUACCUCGCAAUCACCGUUUCCUCUCGCGCCCAACCUCUCCAUCUCCCGCGUCUUCGUCAUAGGCGGCUCGUCUCUCUACGCCGCGGCCCUCGCCUUGCCCCAAACGAAUCGCGUGCUCUUGACGAAGAUCUACAACGACUACGAGUGCGACACAUUUUUCCCGAUUGAUCUGGAAGGGGAGGAAGGGAGGAGGGCCGGGUGGGUGAAAAGGGGGAGGAGGGAGUUGGAGGAAUGGGUUGGGGAGGAGAUAUCACCGGGGAAAGAAGGGGAUGGGGAGGACCGGAUGGAGGAGAAGGGCGUGAGGUUCGAGUUUGUUAUGUUUGAGCGACUUGAGAGGUAGUAGCUAGCGAUGGGAUAUGAGGGAGAGAUGGACCAUGAGGUCGAUAUAGGUGUGCCUGAUACCAUAUAGCUCCUGAGCGUGCGGAUGGAAUUAGCACUCACACUUCUGCCUCUCC